GGCAGCGGCGCAGGAAGGGGCAGCAGCGGUGGGCAUGGAAGGCGCGGCAGAGAGAUCGAAGGGCAACAGCUUCGAUGUGGGAGAAUUCAUCAGCAGCAUGUGGAGAGGUUUCGACUCCUUCGGCAACUCCAUCACGAAAUAUGACAUCUCCGGGGACUUACUUACACAGCGUAUCAAUCAUGCAGAAUCAGAGAGCGAUGAGGACUUGGCCGAGGAGGACCCCAAGAAGAAACCACCGGAAAAGAGGGAGGCGGAGAGAAAGAACAGCAGCAAGCAUCAAUCAAAGGAGAAGAGGAAGAGCAGAACCAAGAAAUCUGCUGCCGUCAAGGAGUUCGAGGAGAAGCUCUCUUUGAUUCGGAAUCACAAGAGCACGACCUUUCAGAUCUGGGAGAGACAAGCUCGAUCCACCAAGGAGGGGCGCAUGGACGCGAGAAAUUCUGCGGCAGCCAUGGAGUCAAAGAUGCUGACGACAAACUCCCUCGGUGUGGGCCAUGUAGCCAAGUAUGGUCCCUGGGGACGAUGCAGUGGAAGGAAGCACGCGGCGAACGAGGUCUGCCUGGAGUGCUCGCGACUAGAUGAGAGGACCAGGAGCAAGAUCAUACACAACCAUCGAUGGGACGAGCAUGUGUCGACUCUGACCAGAGGGCUGAAUGAGCAUCGGGACUUGAUGGCUGACAGGCUAAAGGAGCCGGCUGUGGUCUAUGACAACAAGGUAGUGCAGGCACAUCACUCGAAGAAGAGCAUCGUCUCUAAGAUUAAAAGUUCACUCUCAUUGU